GGUAAAUUUGAAGAUAUAAAAGAAAGAAUUUAGAGAGGAGAAGGAAAGCAACAAGAGCAGAGCGAGUGGCACUGGCAUGGGGGAGCACAAACACUUCCCUUCUCAUGCAAUUUCACUUCCUCCUUAAAACUAUACAAAACAAUGUCCCUCUUCAUUCUCAUUCUCAUUCUCGUUCUCCAUUCUCCCACUUGCUCAACCAGCACCAUCAUCCUCCAAGGCAACGCCACUCUCCAAAGCCCCAACAACACCUUCCGAUUGGGCCUCUUCUCCUUCUCCCCCAACUCCUCCUUUUACCUCGCCAUCCGCCACACCUCCCUCCCCUCCCCCAACACCAUCUGGCUCGCCAACCGCCUCCACCCUUCUCCCUCCCAAACCGCUUCAUCUCUCCAACUAACCCAAACCGGUCAAUUACUCUUAACCCACUCCAACACCACUCUCUGGACCACCACCAUCUCUAACAUUCACCCUUCUAACUUCUCCUCCCUCUCCCUCAAGCUUCUCGACUCCGGUAACUUAAUCCUCACCGCCCCCAACGGCGUCGUUUUAUGGCAGAGCUUCGAUUCCCCCACCGACACGUGGCUCCCCGGCAUGAACCUUACUCGCCUCAACUCUCUUCUCUCCUGGCGAACCGAAACCGACCCUUCCCCGGGUCUUUACUCUCUACGCUUGAAGCCACCGUUCUACGGCGAGUUCGAGCUCGUCUUCAACGACACCGUUCCUUAUUGGUCCACCGGCAACUGGACCAACGGGUCAUUCCUCAACAUCCCCGAGAUGUCCAUCCCCUACUUAUACAACUUCCACUUCCUCUCCCCUUUCUCCCCCGCCGCGGCGUUCGGAUUCUCCGAACGCGCCGAGUCGGAGGCCGGAAACCGGCCUCCGACGAUGUUCCGAGUGGAGCCGUUCGGCCAAAUCCAGCAGUACACGUGGAACAGUCAAGCAGGUUCGUGGAACAUGUUUUGGUCUAAACCUGAGCCUUUGUGCCUGGUUCGGGGACUCUGCGGGAGGUUCGGGGUUUGCAUUGGAGAAACUUCGAAGCCGUGUGAAUGCAUCAGUGGGUUUCAGCCUGUGGAUGGUGAUGGGUGGGGUUCUGGUGAUUAUUCUAGAGGCUGUUACCGUGGGGACUCGGGGUGUGAUGGGAGUGAUGGGUUUCGAGAUCUGGGGAAUGUGAGGUUUGGGUUCGGGAAUGUGAGUUUGAUUAAGGGGAAAUCUAGAAGCUUUUGCGAGAGGGAGUGUUUGGGUGAUUGUGGGUGUGUUGGGUUGAGUUUUGACGAGGGGAGUGGGGUGUGUAAGAAUUUUUAUGGGUCGCUUUCGGAUUUUCAGAAUUUGACUGGGGGUGGUGAAAGUGGGGGGUUUUAUGUUAGGGUUCCGAGAGGGGGAUCUGGUGGGAGGAAGGGGUUGGAUAGGAAGGUUUUGGCUGGGGUUGUGAUUGGGGUUGUUGUGGUUUCGGGGGUGGUGGUGGUGACUUUGUUGAUGAUGGUGAAGAAGAAGAGGGAUGGUGGGAGAAAGGGGUUGUUGGAGGAGGAUGGGUUUGUGCCUGUCUUGAAUUUGAAGGUGUUUUCUUACAAGGAGCUUCAGUUGGCCACGCGCGGGUUCUCGGAGAAGGUUGGGCAUGGAGGGUUUGGGACAGUGUUUCAGGGGGAGUUGAGUGAUGCUUCGGUUGUGGCGGUGAAGAGGUUGGAGAGGCCAGGGGGUGGGGAGAAGGAGUUCAGGGCUGAGGUGUCAACAAUUGGGAAUAUUCAGCAUGUGAAUCUUGUGAGGCUAAGAGGGUUUUGCUCUGAGAAUUCUCAUAGGCUUUUGGUUUAUGAGUAUAUGCAGAAUGGUGCUCUUAGUGUCUAUUUGAGGAAGGAGGGACCUUGUUUGAGUUGGGAUGUUAGGUUUAGGGUGGCUGUGGGGACUGCUAAGGGAAUUGCUUAUUUACAUGAGGAGUGUAGGUGUUGCAUCAUACAUUGUGAUAUCAAGCCUGAGAAUAUUCUCUUGGAUGGAGAUUUCACUGCCAAGGUUUCAGAUUUCGGGCUGGCGAAGCUCAUCGGGAGGGACUUCAGCAGGGUGUUGGCGACCAUGAGGGGGACGUGGGGGUAUGUUGCGCCGGAGUGGAUUUCUGGCGUGGCGAUUACCACCAAGGCGGAUGUUUACAGCUAUGGAAUGACAUUGCUGGAGCUGGUUGGCGGUCGGAGGAACGUGGAGGCACCGCCAUCUGCCAGAGGAGGAGGAGGUGGUAGAGAGAGUGGCAGUGAGACGGGAACUAAGUGGUUCUUCCCGCCAUGGGCGGCACAGCAGAUAAUUGAGGGGAAUGUGAGUGAUGUGGUGGAUAAGAGGCUUGGGAAUGGGUAUAACAUUGACGAGGCUAGGAGGGUUGCUUUGGUUGCAGUUUGGUGCAUUCAAGAUGAUGAGGCAAUGAGACCUACAAUGGGUAUGGUAGUGAAAAUGUUGGAGGGGUUGGUGGAGGUGAGUGUUCCUCCACCACCCAAGUUGCUUCAAGCGCUGGUUACUGGGGAUUCCUUUCAUGGGGUUAAAGCUGAUUCAGGCAAUGGUGUGUCUACUGGUGGAAGCUUAUCUGAUGGCAACUUGGAAGUGUCAACUGCUGAUUCUGAAUCAUAUACAGGGAAUGUUUUUUCUCCUUUGGAUGUGAAUGUCCAUGUUAGUGUUCGAUAACAAGGUUCUGGUAUUGUCCAGAUUAUAGAAUUGUAACUUUGUAACCCCUUCUCUCCCUUUUUUUUUCUCCGAGGGAUGGAAAAAAAGAGGACCAUUUGAUGUGGAUGUAAAUUAGUUUCCUUUAGGAUGUUGGAACUUGGAAGAGUGAUUUAAUGAGCUUCUGAUUUCAAAUAUUCAUUCUUCUUCCAAAUGAAUGAAAUAUUAACUUAUAUAUA